AUGGCUACGACAAAGAGCUUCAAAUUCGGUCCGACAGAGACCCCGGGUCUCAUACAUGCAGACACCGUCACCGAAGAGAGCUCUCGCACAUUGGAGGAACUCCUGGAACAGAAUCAUUCAUUUCAUCAUAUCUUCACGACCACAGAAGACCACAAAGGGGUCUAUUUUCAUAAUCAUAUAGCUCAUCACGAUAUCACAAUCUGGGCUCUUGGUGCAACACCUUCCGUUCUACGUUCUCAACAUGAACGAAAUGGGCUUUACCAACGUGGGCCGAUGGCAAUACAACAACCUUUAGUCAAAGAUUUAGCAGAUGACAGAGUCUUCAAGAGGUGCUUGGGUCGCGAGGAGAACUUCUUGAACUUCUGCGAGUUUUUUGAAGACUAUAUCGAUACGCACGGUUACCAAGCAUUAUUACAAAAGUAUCUGGUGGAUGGUAGCGAGAUUGCGAAUGACAUGCUUUGUCGUAUCUACAUGGGUUACGUUCAUGGGAUCAUUCACAUCGGCAUGGCUCUCGAAUUUGAUCAGCCAAGAUUACUCGCAGAAGGCUUCGCUCAGGCAGCUGUUCACCACGACUGGUGGUACACACUAUAUUUACAAUCAGCUGAGGCUCUAGCUGCAAAAGCAGAGGAGCCCGCUAUUCCACUGAGUGACUGUGUUGACCUCUGUCGAGCUGAUGAGAAGAUCCGCAAUUGUUCCAGUGCGGAUUAUCAUACUCAAACGCGCCCUAUAACUGGGGAAAUGUGUCUUGAUCGUGAGCCCGCUAGAGAUGGCGUAUUGGUCAAUGCUAAAGAUGAGCUCAUUCGAAUUGCUGCUCGUUAUCGCGUCAACCCUAAUGAUCUUGAGCGUGCAACAGCUGAGCUGCAAAAUACUGCCGUUUACCUCACUGCCGGUGCCCAACGCCCUCCGUAUGUUUGUGCCUUCGACUUUUUUCUCUUGCACAGUGUAACGUCGAGCAUUGGUCAUACCUUGUUUUUGAAUGAGCCAUCUCUCACUCGGGCCCAAAAGGCCCGUUUGCUUGAACAUACCGGCCGCGUUUUCUUGUUGUCAUAUGCUGGUCAGGGAACUCCUGAGCUCAGAUUGGAUUGGCUGAAAUCUCAUCCCUCAAGAUAUCCCAAUCAGGGCUGGGCGGAAGUUUUUGAUCGGGCAACUCGUCAUGAAGAUGAUGGCCACAUGUCCAAGCUUAUCCGAUGCAUGGCUCAUACUCAGCAAACAUCCAAGCCGUACGAUCAUCUUCCCGAGUUUCGAUUCAAGCAAGACUUGUUCCUGAUUGCAGGAAUCGCGGCUAUCGACUCGGGAUCAUCCAAGCCAAUGGAUGGCACAAAGCACUUUGACUUCAUCCGUGGAGCAGGGUUUGAAGCAGCGUGGAAAAGAUUCCCUCUUCGAUCUGCUGUUAGUUCUGCAGCAUGA